UGCCACGUUGGUUCUGAUCUCUUUCCAAGGAAGCGAAGUUUUCUCUCCCAGAUUGGCCAAAUUUUGGACUAUCUAGAGAAGUCGUCUUAAUCAACAACGGUGGAAGAAAACAUGGAAGUACCAAUCCACGACACUCCCCCAAUACCAGACACUUCUCAACCACCAGAUAAUUCCCUAGGGCUUCUAGAAGGAAGCCAGAAACCACCAAGUACGACCAUGUCAGGAGGGUAUGGACAGAGCCCUGACGGGUUUGACCAGGGUUUCUUCCAGACAAACUAUGCUGCCGGCUACGAUGACCAGAACCAGAAUGCAGGAUACGAUGGUGGUGGACAGCAACAGUAUGUAGCAUAUGGACAGCAACAAUAUACACCAAAUCAAUAUGCAGCUGGUGGAUAUGACUAUUCCCAGCAGCAGGGAGGGUACCCAGCCCAGCCCAACAUCUUCACGCCAGACACGUCCUCAUCCUACGCAGGCUACACACAGGACGGAGCUUCACCCAUGGGACAAGGAGAUCCCAACAGUUUUGAGGACGAACCACCGCUCUUGGAAGGCCACACCAGUUUUGAAGAUGAACCACCGCUAUUGGAAGAACUAGGAAUCAACUUUGAUCACAUAACACAGAAGACAAUGACAGUUCUGAACCCCACAAAAGAAACAGAUGCCUCCAUACUUGGGGACGGUGACCUGGCUGGCCCUCUGGUGUUCUGUCUCAUGUUUGGGUCUUGUCUCUUACUGGGAGGAAAGGUCCAUUUUGGCUACAUUUAUGGUAUUGGUGGGAUCGGCUGUGUGUCGUUGUGGUGCCUAUUGAACAUGAUGAGUCUAACAGGAGUCAGUGUGUGGACUGUGGCCAGUAUCCUAGGCUACUGCCUGCUGCCCAUGGUCUUUCUGUCAGGAGCUUCAAUCAUUCUCUCACUCCAGGGUGUCCUGGGGCAGAUUUUAGCCACACUAUCGGUGGGUUGGUGUAGCCUGUCAGCCUCCAAGCUGUUUGUGUCAGCCCUCGCCAUGCAUGACCAGCAGCUGCUUGUAGCCUAUCCCUGUGCCUUGUUGUACGGCGUCUUCGCCCUGCUAACCAUUUUCUAACGCUGGAAUUCAGCAUACACUUUUUUGUAUGAACUCGAUGCUCAAAGAUACACAACCAUCAGUGAGUUUCAUAUUCCCAAACUUAAUCAUGUAAAUACUACUGUAUGUAUGCCAUAGUAUGGAAAAUUGGGGGGAAAACAAAUGCCACAACCCUUCAUUCCAGGGAUGAUCUUAUAUGGAAGCACUUAAAACUAUGCUAGCUGGAUCUUUGUAAAACUGGUGGAUUG